UCUGCUCGCAGACUUCUUGUGGGUUUUCUUCUGUUUCUUUUGCUUCCUUCCCCAAUACCCUAACCUCUUGUCUUUGUUUCAUUUCCACUUUGGGAAGAGGGGGAAGACGACAAGAGGCAAAUAAAAAAAAAUGGGCGUAGAGGAAAGCUUGUGACACGUUUUAAUUUUAAACCAAUAACUGAAAAAUACUAUUUUUUUCCUUUUUUUUUUCCGAGUAGAAGAAAGGCUAGUCAUUAAGAAAAAUAGUAACAACUUUCUCUUCCUGCUGCUGCCCCGAGGACAGCUCGGCCUCUUUCCCGGCGCUUCGGCAAGUCUUCCCCUCGACGGGCGGUCCCGGGGGUGAGGGGGGGUCUCCGCUCAGCCCCCCGUGGGCGGCGGGAUCCGCGCUCGAGAGCUGAACGGGGAACAACCCCGGCCCCCAUUCCAGGCAGGGCAUCCCGGUGCGGCAGCGGAGAGAGGGGCAGCAGGUCCGGCCCGGCGAGGGCUCCACCGGCGGGGUGCGGGCAGGCGACAGCGGCGGGGCUCCCUUCUCGUUUGGGAUUUUGGUUUGUGUUGUUGUUUUUUGUUUGUUUGUUUUUGUUUGGUUGAUUUUUGUUUUUGUUUGUUUUUGUUUGGUUGUUUUUUGUUUUUCGUUUUGUUUUGUUUUUGUUGGGUUUUUUAGGGGUUUUUUUUAAUUUUCAGACGUUAAAUUCUUUUGCAAACAUUCAUGCCUUAGGAAGGGCUGGAACAAAGCUCAGCUGCUCCAACCGGUCGGACAGGUAAGCAGACUUGUUGACACCGUUAUGUUUGCAGCACGCAUGCUCCUUCCCAAGUUUCCUGGUGCAUUUUUCUAUUCCACCUUAUGAAACUUUCCUUCCCCCCCCACCCUCUCCCCUCUCCUCCCCUCCCCUUCCCGCUCCUCAGCGGCUCUGCCCGGUGCGUGCGGUCCCGCUCCCCUGGACGGCAGCGCGGCGCCCGCGCCCCGUCGGGCUGCGGGCGGGCGGCGGGGCAGAAGGGCCGCUCCGCUCCGUGCCCAGCCGUGUCCCCUGCCCUCGCCAUGCCCAGAGCCUUCCUGGUGAAGCGCCGGAGCCCGCAGCCGGCGGUGCGCAGCUGGGAUGAGCUGCCCGACGAGGAGAGAGCCGACACCUACAUCCCAGGCGGGAUCGGCUGCGUGCUGCUGGGCUAUGAAGACAGCUGCAGCUUGGAGAGCAGCGGCAGCAGCGGGACCCGGGACGCCGAGCCCAGUGACCCCCCGACGCCCCAGCCUGCCCCCGGCGAGCAGGGCACGGGUGGGGGGAUGCUGCUGGACCUGGCCGUCAAGCGCCCCAUGGUCAGGUCAAAAAUCAAGUUCACCACUGGCACCUGCAAUGAUACUGCCCUGCAUAACUGCGAGCUGUGUGGCAAAGGCUUUCGCCUGCAGAGGAUGCUCAACCGUCACAUCAAGUGCCACAGCCAGGUGAAGAGACACUUGUGCACCUUCUGUGGAAAAGGAUUCAACGACACCUUUGAUCUGAAAAGGCAUGUCCGGACCCAUACUGGCAUUCGUCCUUACAAGUGUGAGGUUUGCAACAAGGCCUUCACACAGCGCUGCUCCCUGGAGUCACACCUGAAGAAGAUCCACGGCGUGCAGCAGCAGUAUGCCUACAAGCAGAGGAGGGACAAGCUGUACGUGUGUGAGGACUGCGGCUACACGGGCCCCACACAAGAGGACCUGUACCUGCACGUCAGCGGCAUCCACCCCGGCAGCGCCUUCUUGAAGAAAACCUCCAAAAAACUUGCAGCUGUUCUGCAAACCAAACUGAGCCCUGUCCUGCAGAGGAACUCCAAAGAGGAUGGCAAGGACGAGUGA